UAUGUUCUGCCAAGCAGAAAUCAUAUUGGCAGGAUAAACCGCCACUGCCAUACAGCCACCAUACUAACCCCUAAUGGCAAAGAGAAUGCGCAGAGACUGGCUAGAGAGGAGUUAACAGAGGUGAUUCUGAAGCUGCUGGUAGCAUGGAAGGAUCCUCUGUGGCAGUUCCACCAGAACAUGGUUCACCAGGAUGACUUCAACAACUUCAGCUCCAACAAAGCACUGGAGAUGAGCUACAUGGUACACGAGCUCCGCAAGGGAGUCCAGAAGGUGGCUGAUAAGAUGCAGCACCUGGGGAUGAUCAGUAACUCCCUGAGUGGCCUGUCCUCCCCUGAGGCCUUGGACCCCUCGUCAGACACCAGUGGAGAGGCCCAGGCCAUGAGCGACCACGACCUACUCUACUGCUUCAGACGGGACUCCAACAAGGUCCAGAACUACCUGAAAAUCCUCAAGUGCAGGAUCGUACCUGAGAACGGAUGCUGAGAUGUGAAGACAAGACAAGAGGCGUGACAUUCACAAGCUACCGUGUCAAUCAAGGAAAUCAAGGACACAUCAUGAAUAGACACGAUGAUAAGACCGAGAGAAGAGACUGGGACUGUGGCACUUUCCUC